AUGCCUGAUUUUAAGAAAGUCAUCUCUGGCGUGUCACUGACUCGGGCAGCGUCCCAGAGCGAGUCAAGUCAUGAGGUCCAAGAGCAGAUAGAUACCCUGCGUCUGUGGCUGGACAAGAUCAAGGUUUCAGCAAUCACACAAGACAAGGUAGAAACCAAUAUCAUUGAGAGAAAGAGGCUGUUUCUUCUGAAAAGAGAGAUCGAUCACAGCAUCGACCUCGUGUCCAAACUUUGUCUCCUCUCAGGUCGUUCUACAACUGUCCAAAGUUCCUUACGAAACGUACACAGAAUCGUCCACAAAGUUGCCCGUCAACUCAAAGUGUCGCAGCACCUCCCACCGCCAGUCUACUCGAAAGGAAAGUUCAUCCAGCCAGGAAAACUUAGGCGCUUCCUCAGUCUGGUUUACAGACGCUGUAGUCGAAUAGCGGCAUUUCAGACUGGAGAAGAAUCGGAGUCCAAUAACCACGAAAAGUUGCUAGCAAUUAUCCGUGAGAGAAAAACACCAGAGAAACCAAACCGAAAGUUUUUAUACAGACACAGGGAUAUAUUAGCCAGGCUUAAGGACAGACGGGGGAGUCGGAUCCACACUAAAAGUCUCCGUCGUGUCUGUCAAAUGUCCGAAGUACCGGAAGAAGAUCUGAUUGGACAGGGUGGACGGUCAACAACUGACCUUUCCGAAACGUGCCCAUCAACCUUCUCCUUCGAACGGCGUGAUUCUAUUGAGCUUGUUCUUUCAGGACAGCGUUCGUCGCAAGAGCUUUUGGCUGUAAAGGAGUCCUGUAGUGAGAGCGAUUCAGCUGAAGAAGUCGUAUUCAAAGUAGAAACUGUCCCAGACACAUUAUCAGAUGGUAACACUGCUGAUGAACCAUUUGGACCUGACCCAGGACCAGUGAGGUCACCCAGGGCAACCCUCCCACCAUUACAGAUUUCUCCAAGGUCCACCAGGUCAUCUGUGUCAGGACACCUAGGACCUGGAUCUCCUGAAGCUGAUGCCCUACCAGCGCUCCGUGUGUCUCCCGUUCUACCUUCGCUGUCACCAAGGUCGACCGGUAAACUAAUCAAUGUCAAAACCCUGUCAACCAGCCCAACACCUGGAAGCUCUGAAGCUGAUACAGAACCAGUUAGAUCUCCUGUAAGGGUCACCUCUUCCCAUGAUCUUCCUGCUGACAAAACUGAAUGUGGAAACGAUACAACGAAAGAAAUGAUAUCACAUUUGGAGAUUACCAAGGCCAAUACAACCGAAGAAGUUUCUUCUGAAACUAGUCCUUUGAGGGUCAGAUCUCCUAGAAGAUCGAGUCUACCGCCACUAAAGAUUUCUCCACGGUCGACAGGAAAACCAAGCAUACCUGCUGUUAAUGAAGUAGAAACGGACAUGACCUCAAAGCUUGAGACCAGCAUCGGUCUGGGAGCCCUGUAUGCCCUGCCGCCAAUCAAGAUGUCCAAGUCAUCUACCAAUGAUGGCAACGAUACUACGAGCAACUCGGUCAACACAGAUGCUCAAUCAGAAGAUGGGCAAGAGAGUGCCGUCGAUGGAUCCGUUGCUGCGUCUUCCUCUGCUGACACUGCAUCUCUGAUGUCGCCUGGUCACUCUUCCGUGCCAAUGCUUGCCAGCAGAAUGAACACGCCAAAGAAAUCCGUUUUCGUCCGUGCCUGGCGUCGCCUUAGAGGCAUGUUCUGCAUCAAGAAGGUGGCACCAUUAUAGACCAGUGCGGUGAAUGACUAAUAUAUCCCAUGGGAUCAUAAGAAGGAGGACAACGUAUGGAUGAGCGAACAGAAAGAUCAUUUGGCGCCAUGCAUAAGGAAUUUAUCUGUGAGCAAAACAUCCAUGCGUAUGAGCUGUAGGCAAUCGUUUGAUAUGGCACUUAUCGAAAAGUAAAGUGUGUGCGUGCGGCAUGCGCGCGCGUGUGUGUUUUGUUUUGCAUUGGGAGUAGUUGCAUACUGAUGAUGAGCAAGUGAACAAGUUGCACUUCUUUUCAGUCUAGCAUUUGCCUGUGUGUUGUAUUCACAUAGACAUGUUCCUUCUGUUCAGUCAUAUGGUUCAAAAUACUGCCAUGAAGACUGCAAAAGUACAUGUAUGUAUGGCUAAUUCAUCUUUUGUAUGUACCUCCAAAUAUGUGAUUUCGUUCGUGAUAUGGUGAUGUGUUCACAACCUUGUGUCUGGUAUGCAUCUAUACCUACAACCAUGUUCGUGGUAAAUUUACAGUACACGAAUAUUUUCUCUUUUCCUACAAGCACAUGUGUACUUUCACUUUGCCUGCAAACAUGUUCAUGGUUUCAUUUUGCAUACAAACACGUGUGUGCUUUUUCUUUUCCUUCAAGCACACGUAUUCUUCUCUUGUCUUACAAGCACACGUCUGCGUUCUCUUUUCCUACAAGCACGCGUGUGCUUUUUCUUUUCCUUCAAGCACACGUAUUCUUCUCUUGUCUUACAAGCACACGUCUGCGUUCUCUUUUCCUACAAGCACGCGUG